AAUUUUAAAAUUUUUAAAUUUUUGAAUUUUUGAAUUUUUGAAUUUUUGAAUUUUUGAAUUUUUGAAUUUUUGAAGAACAACAUGGAAUCAUCAGAUGAGUAGAUUUGGCUGUUGCAUAUGAAUCAUUUCCGUUUUUUCACUAACUGCAACUGCUGCACUAAAAACUGGCAUGCAAAUACAAAAUUUUGGUAUUGCUUGGGCAAAUACAAGCGACCAAAAUGUGCCCUUGGAUGCCCAGUAAUUGAUGGUAAAAUACCAUGAAAUCAUAUCAAAAUCAUGUAUGUGGAAUACCACAGGAAUACCAAAGUCUGAUUUUCCAAGGGUCCAAGAAUACCUUCAAAAUAAAACUAUGGCAAUACCAAGUUUUGGUAUUUAAGCAAUGUUAAAAAAUCCAGAAGUACUCAAUUUGGUAUUGAAAUGGUUUUAUUUUGUGGUUUUAUUUUACCCUUGGAAUAACAUGGUUUGGUAUUGUUGUGCCCUUCCACAUACAAGGUUUUGGUAUGAUUUCAUGGUAUUUUACCAUCUAUUACUGGGCAACCAAGGGCACAUUUUGGUCCCUGUCAUUUGAUCAAGUAAUACCAAAAUUUGGUAUUCCCGUGUUAUUUACCCCUGCUCGGGUUGGCAUAAAGUUAUUUGACAUAAUGCCGUUUGGCAUAACGCCGUUUGGCAUAAUGGACGUUUGGCAUAAUGGACGUUUGGCAUAAGGGACCAUCCACAAACCACGUAGACACUUUUUUGGAAAACCACAACCCCCCCCCCUCGUGGACAAUUGUCCAUACAAAAAAAAAACUUUUUUGUAUGGAGCACAUCUUAGAGGGUCGGUCUUAAAUUCAUUUUUUUUUUGUAAAAUUUGGUUUAUUUUGCAGCUUAAAAGAAUUACCUACAUAAUUGUUCAAACUUCGCAGUUUAAAUGAAAAUCAAGAGCGUUCACAUCGAUUCUUCCAUUGACUGUAUCAAUGAAAUGGAUGUAGCCAUUGAUCAAAUGAAGGAAUUUUCUCCUCCUUGAUGGUCCGAUGUUGUGAAGCUCUGGCUUCAGGGCGUCAUUGAUGGUUAGUGCACGCAUUCGCUGGAGAAUUGGCGCUGCCACCCGCUUCAGAUGAACCCACGCGGCUGCAACUCGUGGACAUGUACUGAAUUUGUGUUCAAGUGUUUCAGCUAGUGCCCCGCAAUGGAGACAAGAUGCUCCAUCCGCUCGUCCAAUGGUAUGCAUAAGCUGGCGAUGUUCUGUUUUUCCAUUGACCAACAGGUACAGGUCACUCCGAACUGCCGAACUAAUGUUUCUUGUUGAGAUAUUAGUCCAUAUCCUGCUCCAGUCAACCGUAGGGUUUAGCCGCACGAUUCUGGGAGUUUCAGUUUUGUUUAUAAAGAAACUGUGAAUGAGACUGGAGGACUUAUUCAUGCUUCAAGAGAGUUUAUUCAUUGUAAUUCAUAAUUUUUAACACGAUAAUGUAUCAAUUUUCUGCUAUCUCUGCGGGAAUUCCAUUCUGCCCUGUAUUGCGUGUCGUUCUUGCUCUGUCCAGUGGGCUAGCAUACAAAUUCACCGUAUACUUUUUGCCUUCCUCACCUCAAUGAGGAAAGGCUAUAAAAUCACUCGAAAAAUGAACUUCUUUAUUCGACCUCCUAGACCCACCUUCACGUAUACCUAUCGACUCAGAAUCAAAUUCUGAACAAAUGUCUGUGCGUGUGUCUGGAUGUGAGUCCGUGCACCCAAAAAUAUGCACCCGCCCGUGUGGAUCAAUCGGACAGCGCACUGGACUCACAAUCCAGAGGUUGCUGGUUCGAAUCCCGCGGCGGGCGCUCUAAAAUUUCUUUGUGUAAAUAUGGGUAUUCGGCGCCGUCGCUCCGUGCCAUACUCUCGUACACUUAGGAGUCCAGGGCGGCGAAGUCCUUGUAGAUAAAAAGGAAGACACUUGUUCGCCACGCGGGUAUGUUGCCGAAGAGAAACGAUUCUAUGACAAUUUCCGGAAUUCCAUUUCCCGGAAUGGACGUUUUCCGGAAUGGACAUUAUCCGGAAUGGACGUUUUCCGGAAUGGACGAUAUCUGGAAUGGACAUUAUCCGGAAUGGACGUUAUCCGGAAUGAAAUUUCCCGGAAUGGACGUUUCCCGGAAUGGACAUUUCCCGGAAAAAUGAGUUUUUUAUAUUACCUGAUUUGACAAUUAAUGGAAUCUUGCCAACUCGAUUACUUGUGGUUAAGAAUUAUUUAGUUUGUACUCCGUUGGUUUGACCUAGUCACAUUGAAGGAACUCGAUAUUUUGACAACAAUAUGAAUGAUAAAUACAUGAAUAAUAAGAAAGAAAGUAAAAUGUUCGGACACGAACAAUAGAAACAAGCAAGUUGACUAUUGAACCAAUACUUUAUUAACCACCACGAGAUGUAACAAUGUUGAUCGAUAGAUAUUAGACAAACAAUAGAUGUUUUUAACAUUCUUUCAACGUGUUGUUAUAUAAUAAUUUUCCCUUCUUUUGUUAAUCAGUUGACUUUUGUGACUAAAUUCUACCAAAUUUUACCAUAAAGCAGAACGAUUAUUUUCAAAGAAGGGAACACCUAUAGAAAAUAAAAGCUUUCAUAAGAUCAAAGUAUAAUGUGUAUUUUCUUGAGGUUUUCCCUUCUUUCAAAAAAUACAGAUCUUUCAUCAAAGUAAGGGAACUAUACCAUUUUUCAUCCUAUUUCUAUUAUUGGCCUAUCAGUACUUUGAUCAUUAAUUACAGCUUACAUAAAGUGUUUAAGUAGUAAUAAAUAGCUCAAAUAAAAGUGAGCAAGCAACUCUCCAUUGUUGAUACAUCUGAACAUUUUGAUUUAUUAGCGGAAAACGGCAAAAGUGAUGAGAAUUUGUCGAACGGCUUAGAGUGAUUAAAAUGGGUAUAUUUCCCAUUUCUUUUUUUGUUAAUUCUACUAAAUUUUACCUAGCUUUUCGUUACAGAACUCUGCACUAUAAAGAAGGAUGUUUAUUUUCAAAGAAGGGAAAACCUCUAGAAAAUAAAAAGCUUUCAGAAAAUCAAAGUAUAAUGUGUAUUUCCCUAAGGUUUUCCCUUCUUUAAAAAUUAACAGUCUUUCAUCAUUGUGAUGGGAUUUCGUGUAAGAGAUUUCCCUUCUUGUGUAUAUCAGUUGACUUUUGUGACUAAAUUCUACCAAAUUUUAUUAUAAAGCAGAAUGUUUAUUUUUAAUGAAGGGAAAACUUCAAGAAAGUACACGAAAAAAGAAAGUACACGUUAUACCUUGAUUGUCUGAAAAGCUUUCUAUUAGGUUUUACACCGUGACGUCAUUUGACAGCUCGUGUGCACUGUUUACAUGGUCUUCGUCGAUUGUCGACGAAUUUCCCCGAACAAAAUCGACGACCGCAUCGAACUGUGCUAAGUCCAUGUAAACAGUGCACUCCUUUCUAACCUCCAAAUCGAGUCGGCGUAAAACCUAAUUAUCUUGAGGUUUUCCCUUCUUCAAACAUUCUGCUUUAUUUGGCAGUCAACCGAUUAACACAAGAAGGAAAAUCUCUUACGUGGAAUCCAAUCACAUUGAUGAAAGAUCGUGUAUUUUUAUAGAAGGGAAAACCCCAAGAAAAUGUGUAUACAAUGAUUUUUUGAAAAGCUUUUUAUUUUUUAGAGGUUUUCCCUUCUUUGAAAAUAAACAUGCUGCUUUAUAAUGCAGGGUUCUGUAACAAAAAACUAGGUAAAAUUUAGUAGAAUUCACAGAAAAAGAAAAUUCUUAUGUAAAAUUCCAUUACUUUGAUGAAAAAUCGUGUAUUUUUAAAGAAGGGAAAACCUCUACAAAAAACAAAUUAUACUUUGAUCUUAUGAAAGCUUUUUAUUUUAUAGAGGUUUUCCCUUCUUUGAAAAAAAUCAUUCUGCAUUAUGGUAAAAUUUGAUAGAAUUUAGUCACAAAAGUCAACUGAUUAACAAAAGAAGGGAAAAUUCUUAUAAAACAUUACAUUGAAAGAAUGUUAAAAACAUCUAGUGUUUGUCUAAUAUCUAUCGUUCUACAUUGUUACAUCUCGUGGUGGUUAAUAAAGCAUUACGGUUCCACAGAACAGACUAUGCUAAGCACGGUCCUAUCAACAGAAUGAUGGAAACAUAUAACAAAUACAGUGACACAAUCGAUUUUACUAUGACUAAAUCCGCUAUGAAAAAACAGUUUUAUAACCAAAGAAGAUAGUUUAUAACUUAAAUAAUGUUCACCUGUAAUUAGUAAUUAAAUAAAUCUUUUCCAGUUCCUGAGGGGAACACCCAUGAAGAGUACCGGGGCCGGCAUUUACAAAGCGUAUUCAGUGGCAGUUUUUCACUCAACUAAUGCUAACAUGUUUAGGUUAAUGUUAACAUUUCAUAGGUCGCCUCCCUAAGGUGUCGUGAUAAGGUCCAGUUUGUGACGAUACACUACCUUCCCUUUACUAAUCAAUCGAAUCCAGAAGGGAAAAGAUCACCAGUUGUGUUGGUCCGAGCCGGGAUUUGAACCCCGAUGUAAAGCUUACGAGGCGGAAGCGUUACCACCAGGCUACGUGGCUCGGUCGGUCAAUGUAGUCUACGUUUGUUUGACGAAUAAAUAAAUAAAUACACCCAAAAUUCAGAGUCGUGAGAAUCGUUCCCUCAAAAUUUAUUGAGGGAUCAGUGCCAAAAUCGAAAAAAGUGUUCAUUCGUUAAUAGGGACGUGGCGUUACAUCGUGCUGCCACCUGGUUUUUUUAAGCGCAAGAGUGUAAAAGUGCUGAGUCAUCGUCUAAAAAUAGACGGCGUCCUAUCUCGCCCAGCAAAAUUAGGUCGAUAAAGUAGUCGGUUUCGAUGAGCAAAAGUGGAAAACAUGGUCUAAAAAUAGCGACGCCAUCUCCCUAUUGAAAUAAUAAAUCUCCAACAAGUGUCAUACAUCGACAUCUGACCACACCUUAGUCACCAAGCUGUGGUGGCCGAGGCAGUUAAGUCGUUGGGUCAAAGGUCUCUGGUUCGAUUCCCGUAGUCGACACUUUUGGUUUUUUGUUUGACGGGUGAACUUUUUUUGCAAAAUGAACCUCGAGAGAAUAAUUCUAUCGCCCAUCUCAAGCUGUGUUCUCUGUGUCCGUGAAUGGAACCACUAUUCUCUCGACUCGAGGCCAUUGUUUUCUCGGACAUUGCUGCCCAGUUUUGGGUGUAAAAAGUAUUGGUUCAAUGGUCAACGCUUGCUUAUAUUGUUCGUGUCCGAACAUUUUACUUUCUUUCUUAUUAUUCAUGUAAAUAUCAUUCAUAUUGUUGUCAAACUAUCGAGUUCCUUCAAUGUGACUAGGUCAAACCAACGGGGUACAAACUAAAUAAUUCUUAACCACAAGUAAUCGAGUAGGCAAGAUUACAUUCAUUGUCAAAUCAGGUAAUAUGAAAAACUCAUUUUUUCCGAGAAUUGUCCAUUCCGGGAAACGUCCAUUCCGGGAAAUUUCAUUCCGGAUAACGUCCAUUCCGGAUAAUGUCCAUUCCGGAUAUCGUCCAUUCCGGAAAACGUCCAUUCCGGAUAAUGUCCAUUCCGGAAAACGUCCAUUCCGGGAAAUGGAAUUCCGGAAAUUGUCAUAGAAUCGUACUAGCAAUGGUGGCCGACAGCUAUAAAGUCAACUUCGUUUUAUCUCCGGACUGGCUGAACCGAUUUAGACUGUUUUGGUCUCAUUCGGCCCGUCUUGGGGUCCCACAAGACCCUAGUUAAUAUUAUGAUGUUUAGAAAAGUACUUCAAAAAUUAUGCUAAAAAAACGGUUUUAGCAUAACUUCGGAAGAUUGUAAAAAGGGUGGUUUUUGUAAGAAACCCGUCAUGUUAUAUAUUGUUAGAAAGGUAUUUGAAAGACCUUUCCAACGCGUCCAAAAGAUUGAAGAUCUGACAACCCCAUCAAAAGUUAUGAGCACUUAAGUGUUAUUUAUACAAUUUUUUGAGGCCGGAUCUCAACUAUUUUGAUGAAAAGGUUGUCCAGAUCUAUUAUGCGACCCAUCGUUGGAUAGGUAAUCAAAAGGCCUUUCCAACGAGCCCAAAAUAUUGAAGAUCUGACAACCCUAUCAAAAGUUAUAAGUACUUUAGUUUUUUUAAUACUUUUUUUUUAGGCCUGAUCUCAGAUAUUUUGAUAAAAAUAAGUGUUAUUUAUACGCUGUGUAGUGUAUUCAUUUUAUGAAUGUGAGGAAGGCACCAACCACCUAAAGGUGGAUUAAGUAACGUUUUUUUAAUUUAAGAUUAUGCAGCAGUUUCCUACAGUGGUGUACAUUCAAUUUUGCCUAAUUUGCUAAUGAUUAUUUGGGUGAUGAAAUCUUAUUUCAAUAAAUAACCAGGUAGCAGUUAUUGAUCAGCGCACCAAAUUCUUAAAACUUUAAAAUUCGAUAUCUUUGGAACGAAACAUAUUCCUUUCUGUCGAUAAGUGAUUCUUAUGUAAAAUUGGCCGGGGAACACGAUGGUGAGGUCAAAUCAUUAAAAUAAAUAGGGCUGUUUUGAGAUAUGACCAUUUAAAGUUUUCAAUUGCGCAAUACAGGUAGAAAACAUAUUUUAAUCUAAAUUUUGAUCACGGAAAUGGAUUCUACGUCCAAGUUCCUUCAAAAUUGAGUCUAAGACCGACCCUCUAAGAUUUGUUGUUCCUGAGUUGUCGUCGUUUGAAGAUAGGGGUUUCGCUCAAAAAUCGCCAAAAAGUCGAUUUUUUGGGAGGGUACAAAAAUGGAGGAGGUGGUCCGAUUUGGAUGAAAUUCGGCAUUUUUACAUGUUUUGAUAGCCUCAACAGCUCUGCCAAAUUUGAGCAGAAUCGGAGAUGGUAAUUUUCAAAUUUGCAUUUUUUUUCUUGCACACUUCAGGUGGAAUGACCCAUAUUGGCGGUCAUUGGCAUAAUGAUAUAAAAUUUUCGAAACAAUGUCAAUAUUGGCCUCACUUUAAAAUGACCUUCUUGGUUGUGAUAACUGCUGGCAUAAGCUGAUUUUUCCUUUCUUAAAAAAAGAAAAACUUUCUUAACUUAUUUUUUCGGCUGACUAGGAUUACCUGAUAUGGGAGCAAAUCUACGAAAUGGGCCGUUUUCGAACAUUUUUAUUUUUUGUAUUUUUUUAUUUGGCUCAAACUUUGGUGGGGCCUUCCCUAUGACCAAAGAAACCAUUUUGUGUAAUUGGUUCACCCAUACAAGUCUCCAUACAAUGUUGGCAGCUGUCCAUACAAAAAUGGUACGUAAAUCUUUUAACAGCUGAAACUUUUGAGUGAAUUUUCUGAUCAAUUUGGUGUCUUCGGCAAAAUUGUAGGUAUUGUUGAGGACUACACUCAACUCCCGGUAGUUGGUCACUUUUUCGACACUUUUUUAGUUUGUACCCCGUUGGUUGGUCAAAGUCAAACUAAAAAGUGACGAACUGCCACUUUUUACACGGCACUCACGCACACUAUCAAAACAAACGUUUGAUAGUGUGUGUGAACUCCGUGUAAAAGGGGUGUCAAGCUAAAAAGUGACCCCGUUCGUUUGACAACAGUUGGUGUCAAACCACCGGGGUUUGAGUGUAUUGAGAAAAUAGGUACACUGAAAAAAAAUGCCAUUUCUAGAUUAACAUUUGUCCACAAAACCCCAAUUUCCCAAUAUACGUAAUUUUAGAUUUUCGAGAUUUUUUUUAUAUGUUUUAGGGGACAAAACCCCGCAACUUUUGAGCUAUAGAGAAGUAUGGUCAAAAAAUCUGCGGCCGAGUUAUGAUUUUUUGAAAAAAAUGUGAUUUUUGGAAAAUUGGAAAUUUAUACCAAAAAAAAAUUUACCUCAAUUUUUUAUGUAAAAUCAGGGGGUGGCUCAUAAAAGAUGCAUCCGAUGUGUUCGGAUGCAUUGUAAUGCAUUUAAACUUGCCAUUUUAUUGCCUGCCUUUGCUAACCAAACGUCUUUCUCCUUUCCUUGCAGACUAAAAUAGUGCCGUUGUACUGACUAUCACAAUAGCAGCAAGGAUGAAUGCCGAAGAAAGGGGGCAGAUAAAGGAGCGGUUCUGGAAACGUGUCCAGAAGGUGAUCGGUCUCGUGCCGCAUCGAGUCAUGGCCUUGCUGGAUAUGUUCGACCUGUCAGCAUCGCAAGUCAUCGCUGAGGCAAGUGUGGAAUGGCCGAAACUCAUCGAAGAUGAUAUCAGAAAGAGUGGUGUCGAAAUUUUCGAUGAUGCCGUAAGCCGAGGGCUCGCAAGGUCAAAGUACGAUGUGUUUGGCCGGCAACAGAACGACCUGGCAACAUUCAGUUUGCAUGCCGCUGAAGAGGUUUCGAUCAACAAUGUAGGCAAAUUGAUCCAAAAGUACGGGAUACGCCAAUUCAUCGAGGGCUCACCGGUACUAGCGAGACGGUGCCAAGAAAUUGGUACAGACCAAGUAAAUCCUAUUGCUGACGAUUCGAAGAAAAUGCUUCUAGAGAAGUUGGCCAACUACUACCGUCAGCACGAGGAAUGUGGAGUCGACCCCGACUACUUCGUAGACUUAGACACCGGGGACCAAGCGACAGUACGUGUUACGUGCGCAGUAUGCAAGAAAACACGUCCCAUGUGCAAGCGUUCUGGUGGCAAUUGGGUUACGAAUAAUUAUUACCAGCAUGUUCGUACACAUUUACGGGGAGUGGUCCGUAGAAGAGAAGAAGAACUGGCAAGUCUAAGUUCAGAAGAGGACACGGAUAGCGAUGGAGAUGGCGCUCACGGGGAUCGCGCUGUUGGUGGUGGCAGUGGAAGCGUUGAGGAAGCUGAUGUUGGCGGUGGCAGUAGUGUAGCUUCGAGAAACGAUAGCGUUGACGAAGCAGCUGUUGGCGAUGGCAGUGGUGGAGCUUCGAGAAGCGGUAGCAAUGAGGAAGCUGCAAAUGAUGGUGGCAGUAGUGCAGCUGCUAUUGUCGAUGGUGAAACUGUUGUUAGCAGUGGCGAUGGUGGACCUGCGGAAAGCGGUAACGAUGGUGCAGCUCCUGUUAGCGCUGGCGGUGAUGGAGCUGCUGGUAGCGGUGUAUGUCAACCGAGCAGAAAGUCGGUGGCAGACUUGAUCAAUCAGUAUCAAUACGCCGGCGAAGAACCACGGGACAGUGCAGCCGAAUGUCCUGUGGCAACUUCCAAGGCUUAUAACCUGAUUAAGCUCUAUGAGACCAUCGCAUUUAAGAGUGCAUGCAAGUUACACUACACCGAUGAAGAAAAGGACAUGUCGUUGUAUCGAUACAUAAUGGCUGGGAAGAAGUAUCAUGAGUUCAUGGUUGGGAAUGUUCCCGGCAUAAGCCUAGCUACCCUUCUAAGGCACAUGGACAAACAUACAACGGACAUUAAAGAUGGGGUGAUCGACGCGGCGGGUCUGAAGCGUUACCUGACCGAGAACGGCUAUCCGCUGACGGUGAUGCUUGCGGAGGAUGGGACGAGGGUUACCCCGCGUGCCCAGUACGACGAGCGAACAAACACUUUGACUGGACUAGUAGCUCCGCUUGACCACACGGGACUUCCCAAACGAAACUACUUUGACGCCAGCAAUGCGCAGGAUAUGGCUGACAAGUUGAAAAAUUGCCGACUGGCAAGCACUGCAUACGUUCAACUAGCAGUACCUCUAGAUCCAAAUGCGGCCCCGUACGUGCUGUUCUACAUGGGUACGGACAACAGCUUUACGUAUGCAGAUGUACUCAAGCGUUGGCUUCACACCAUCGACUUGCUGAAGAAGCAUGGCAUCACCGUUUUUGGUAUAGCUUCAGAUGGGGACCCAACUCUCCUGAAGGCAAUGCUCAGCAUCAUGCAAUUGGCAGAUGUACCGUGUGAUGAGCUAGGUGUUAGAUUUCUUUGAAAACUUGUUCAGCGCACCUAUCUGUACCAAGAUAUAACGCACACAGUGAACAAACUAGCGCGCAAGUUGUUCAAUCGCAAACGAGCGUUAAUGAUUGGUAUAUCGGUGGCUAGCGUUACCCACCUCGAUGCCCUGUUGGAUAAGGUUUCGAAGGACAAACACGGUCUCACGUACGGUGAUCUUCACCCGACCGACCUCAUGAGCUUUCGACCUACGGAAAAAGUAAUGGAGGAAGCCGUUAUCAACCUGUUGGAGGAACAAGUGCCUGGUAGCGAGGGCACGGUAGUGCUGCUCCGCUACAUGAGCGCUAUAUACCGAGCAUAUACUGAUGUAUCGUUGGCGCCGAUUGAAGCCAUCUCAAUGCUCUGGUACAGUUAA